AUAUAUAUAUAGUUUUACACAUAUAUAUCAUCAUCAUCAUGAGUUACAGUUCGGAAGAAAGCGGGAGUACUCCAUGCAGCACAUCAAACAGAAAACUCAAGGGGGUGCGCCAACGAAAAUGGGGCAAGUGGGUGUCCGAAAUCCGAGUUCCGGGGACCCAAGACCGGCUUUGGUUAGGUACCUUCUCCACCGCAGAGGCGGCAGCGGUGGCUCGAGACGUUGGGUAUUAUUGCUUGCGUCGACCUUCCACGUUGGAAGGCCUUAACUUCCCGUUGAUGUUACCGUCUUGUGUGAGGGAUGAUAUGUCGCCCAGGUCGGUGCAGAAGGCAGCUUCGGAUGCUGGCAUGGCAGUGGAUGCUCAGCUGAUUGCCAACAAGUCCCCGCCGCCGCAGCCAGCCGAAACUGGAAGCAAUGCGGUUGAGACGGCUGAGUUUUGGGAAAAUGGUUAUGUUGGAGAGACUUCGACUUCGACUCCUACUUCUACUUCUAUGAGCAGCUGGGGAGGAGGGCAGGGGUUUGGCAAUGGCGGUGAUCAUCAGGGGUGCUUUAGCAUUUCCGUUGAAGAUUAUGAUCUCUAAAUCUAAUUACGAAGUGUCGUCAGUCAAAGUUAUACGGUUUUUUAUUUUUUAUUACAAAUGAUAUUUUGUUCUAGUUUACUAGACAAAUUUAAAUUCGGAACGCGGUAUGGUGGCAUAGAAAGAUCUUAACCAUCAAAGCAACCCAUCACCGCUUGUAACUAUGAUUUUGGUCCAUGGAAGUUUUAGCAAUGUGAGCAUAAAGUUAUUAACUAGAA